AUCGCCCCAGCACAUAAGCUCAUAACCAUGGUGUCCUUCAAGGUUUUCGGCAAGGAGAUCGACAUCCCCGGUAUCCCCGGCAUCCCGCCUCGGUUUGGGCUGAACGUGACCAACUCCAAAUGGUUCGAAUCCCAGGUCCGCAAGGCCUUCAGCGAGUGCGACGUGGACCGCGAUGGCGCGCUGGACACCAAGGAGGUGUACAUCGGCCUGCUGAAGCUGUACGACCUCAUCAACCGCAAGCUGCCGUACCACGUGCGCAUCCCCUCAAUUGACGAUGUGAACAAGCUGCUGGAUAAGUACGACGUUAAUGGCAAUCGCCGCCUUGAGUUCCCCGAGUUCCUGGAGACGUGCAAGGGCCUGAUCGGCAACCGCAAGGACUGGAAGGACAGCCUGUUCGUCAAGAUCGGCGUGGCCGUGCUCAUGAAGUCGCUGGGCUUCCCCUACCUGGCGGGUCUGAUCAAGACCGCCUGCCAGAACAUAGGCCUGUCGCAGAUCCAGGGCGUGCCGGUGGGUGCCAUCACCUACGUGCUGGAGUCCGCCACCAAGCAGCUGGCGUAAACGGCGAGGCGGGCGAGAGCUGGUGUGGGUGGAGGCUGGCGAACGCUCUGGCGGCGGGCCGGCCGAGAGGUGGUCCGGGAGGUGGAGGUGUGCGGAGCAGCUAUAGGGCCAGGGGCUCACGGCUCACGGCUUACGGCUCAGGAGGCGGGUGGCAACUGGCGGCGUUUGAGCCCGGCUGGUUAGCUUGCCGGCUGUGUGGCGCCAGGAGAGACCCGUGUAAGGGCUUGCCGGGCGCCCGAACCCCCGGACUGGUCCAGGACGAACGUAUUGUGACCGGUAUUGGUGUGGGGGCUGGCGCGUAUUACGGCGCAGCGCACGUGCGAUUGGAGCUACAGGCCGCAGGCUGCAAGAAUGGCUGUGACGGCGCUCGUCGAAGGCGUUGGCAGGCAUGUACUAAUAUAUUCUGGGCCGUAGUGCUCAGGUAUUGCUGUACUGUACAGCAGGAUGGCAGGAUGAGGUGUCUUGAGUCAGAUGCACUUCGAAGCAGGAGUUUGUAGAAAGGAAUGGGCCGGGCUGUGCUCCGGGCUUGUGAGUACAGUACCGUACGCGGCUACGCGCACGGAUGCACACCUUGCGUGCGGUUUUGGCAUGCUAGUAGUACGAAGACCAGGGAUAAUACUGUUGCUUGUAAUCAUUGUAAUAACACAUGCAUGAUAUAA